UCUCUUCAGCGUUCAAUAACUCUCAGCUGAUAUCUGAUCUCAUGUUAGUUUCAUCAAACUGUAAAACACUGUUUGUUAAAGAGUAGCUAUUAGCUCUGUGCUAACAGUUAGCUGUUUGGCCACCUUGUUCAGCAUCAUUUUUACUUUCGGUUAGUCAGUUGUUGGCGCAGAUCUGUUUCCUCCAUGUUAAACUGUUGGUAUGGACUCUGCUAUGAAUCCGUGUGACAGAGAGGAGGGAGUCCCUGCCUCUAAAACCACUCUGUGUGGGGAAGAUGACAGCCACACCAAAGCUCAGGGAAUGCAUCAGCAGAGACUAGACUCUCCUGGACCUGGAUUAGGAUCUGGAUCCAGCUGUGUGCCCCUAGAUAAGGAGAGGUCUAUGGGUCGCUUUGAGGAGUUUAAUAGACCACCUCCUGAUGGAAGCUGCUCAGGAUCUUCUCCAAGGUUCCACGACCAAGGCAAAGAGGACAAAGUUCAGCAGGAGAGUUCAGAGGCCCUCGGUCGUCAGUCUGCCCAGCAGCAUCAAACAGACCUGGACUCCAUAUUUAUGCUGUUGGAUGAGAACAUCGUCACUUUUGUGAAGAACGAGCUGAAGAGAGUCCAGAGGGUUCUGAAUCCAUUUUACCCAGAAUGCUUAGAGAUUCAAAAGGAGGGUGAGGAGGUGUUGGACAGUGAAGACGGAGAGCAGAGAAGGAGCAGCAGAGAGGCAUUUCUGAAGAUCGUACUGCACUUCCUCAGGAGAAUGAAACAUGAGGAGCUGGCUGACUGUCUGCAGAGCAGGACUCAUGCUACAGUGUGCCAACAUGAACUCAAGUCUAAUUUCAAGGAGAAGUUCCAGUGUGUGUUCGAAGAAAUUGCCGAAGCAGGAAACCCAACCCUUGUGAAUAAGAUCUACACAGAGAUCGACAGCCCAGAGGGAGGAACUGCAGAGGACAAGGAUGAACACGAGUUCAGACAGAUUGAAACAGCAUCCAGGAAAGAAGACGGACAAGAACCAGCAAUCAGACAAGAAGACAUAUUUAAACCCUCACCUGGAAAAGAUGAACCAAUCAGAACAGUGAUGACAAAGGGCGUGGCUGGCAUUGGGAAAACAGUCUUAACACAGAAGUUUACUCUAGACUGGGCUGAAGGCAAAGCCAACCAGGACAUCCAGUUCACAUUUCCAUUCACUUUCAGAGAGCUGAAUGUGCUGAAAGAGAAAAAGUACAGCUUGGUGGAACUUGUCCAUCUCUUCUUUAAUGAAACCAAAGAAGCAGGAAUCUGCGGGUUUAAAGAGUUCCAGGUUGUGUUCAUCUUUGACGGUCUGGAUGAAUGUAGGCUUCCUCUGGACUUCCACAAUAAUGAGAUCUUGACUGAUGUUACAAAGCCCGCCUCAGUGGAUGUGCUGCUGACAAACCUCAUCACUGGGAAACUGCUUCCCUCUGCUCGCCUCUGGAUAACCACAAGACCUGCAGUAGCCAAUAGGAUCCCUCCUAGGUGUGUUGACAUGGUGACAGAGGUGAGAGGGUUCACUGACCAACAGGAGGAGGAGUUCUUCAGGAAGAGAUGCGGAAAUGAGGAACAGGCCAGCAGAAUCAUCUCCCAUAUCAAAACAACACAAAGCCUCCACAUCAUGUGCCACAUCCCAGUCUUCUGCUCCAUCGCUGCUACAGUUCUGGAUGAGUUGAAAACCAGAGAGGGGGAAGAGCUGCCCAAGACCCUGACUGAGAUGUACAUCCGCUUCCUGGUGGUUCAGUCCAAACUGAAGAACAUCAAGUACGAUGGAGGAGCUGAGACAGAUCCACACUGGAGUCCAGAGAGCAAGAAGAUGAUUUUGUCCCUGGGAAAACUGGCUUUUGAACAGCUACAGAAAGGCAACCUGAUCUUCUACGAAUCCGACUUGACAGAGUGUGGCAUUGAUAUCAGUGAGGCCUCAGUGUACUCAGAAGUGUUCACACAGAUCUUUAAAGAGGAGAGAGGACUGUACCAGGACAAGGUGUUCUGCUUUGUCCAUCUGAGUGUUCAGGAGUUUCUGGCUGCUCUUCAUGUUCAUCUGACAUUCAUCAACUCUGGUGUUAAUCUGCUGUCAGAAGAACAAACAACCACCUGGUUUCAACUUAUAAACACACCCAAACCAACACAUCUCUACCAGAGUGCUGUGGACAAGGCCUUACAGAGUCCAAAUGGACACCUGGACUUGUUCCUUCGCUUCCUCCUGGGUCUUUCACGAGAGCCGAAUCAGACUCUCCUUCAAGGCCUGCUGACACAGACAGGAAGUAGCUCACACAUCCGUCAGGAAACAGCUGUGUACAUCAAGAAGAAGAUCAGUGAGAAUUUGUCUGCUGAGAAAAGCAUCAAUCUGUUCCACUGUCUGGAUGAACUGAAUGAUAAUUCUCUUGUGGAGGACAUCCAGCAGUACUUGAGUUCAGGAAGUCUCUCCACAGAUAAAUUGUCUCCUGCUCAGUGGUCAGCCCUGGUCUUUAUCUUACUGUCAUCAGAAAAAGAUCUGGAGGUGUUUGACCUGAAGAAGUACUCUGCUUCAGAGGAGGCUCUUCUAAGGCUGCUGCCAGUGGUCAAAGCAUCCAGAAAAGCUCUACUGAGUGGCUGUAACCUCUCAGAGAGAAGCUGUGAAGCUCUGUCCCCAGUUCUCAGCUCCAAGUCCUCUCGUCUGAGAGAGCUGGACCUGAGUAACAACAACCUACAGGAUUCAGGAGUGAAGCUGGUGUCUGCUGGACUAAAGAGUCCAUAUUGCAGACUGAAAACUCUCAGUCUAUCAGGCUGUAUGAUCACACAGGAAGGCUGUGUUUCUCUGGCCUCAGCUCUGAGCUCCAACCCCUCCCAUCUGAGAGAGCUGGACCUGAGCUACAAUCAUCCAGAAGACUUGGGAGAGAAACUGCUGUGUGCUGGAAUGAAGGAUCAACAUUGGAGGCUGGACACUCUCAGGGUGGACCAUGGUGGACUGCAGAGACUGAAACCUGGUGUGAGGAAAUAUGUCUGUAAAUUGGAACUGGACACAAACACAGUACACAGAAACCUCCAACUGUCUGAUAACAACAGGAAGGUGACAUACGUGAGAGAGGAUCAGUCGUAUCCUGAUCAUCCAGACAGAUUUGUCUCCUGGCCCCAGCUGCUGUGUAGAAAUGGUCUGACUGGUCGCUGUUACUGGGAGGUCAAAUGGGAAGGAAGAGUUUAUAUAGCAGUGACUUACAGAGGAAUCACAAGGAGAGGAAACAGUAAAAACUGUUUGCCCGGAUGGAAUGAUCAGUCCUGGAGUCUGAAGUGCGCUGAUGAUGACAGUUUCUCCGUCUGCCACAAUAACAGCAGAAAACGCCUCUCCUCCUCUGUCUCUGACAGAGUCGGAGUGUACGUGGACUGUCCUGCUGGCACUCUGUCCUUCUACAGUGUUUCCGCUGACUCACUGAUCCACCUCCACACCUUCAACACCAUAUUCACUAAGCCUCUUUAUCCUGCGUUUGUGGUCUCCUCUGGUUCCUCAGUGUCUCUGUGCUCUCUGCAGGUCUGAGAGUCUCCCCUGUGGACAGAAAUGCUGACGGAAGAUCAGCUGCUGAAAUCAAAGUUCACUCUGUUCACCAUCACACACUGUGCACUGUGAAGCAGAUCUGUCUUUGACUCAAACACAAAACAUUCAUUUGUCUGAUUUCAUCACUUUGAUUAUCAACAUUUCAACAGUGUUUUUUUUCAAGAGUAUUUUUUGCCCAUUUUUAGCCUUUAUUUUGAUAGCACAGCAGAAGACGUGAAAGGGGAGAGAAUGAAAUGCAGCAAAGGGCCGCAGGUCGGAGUCGAACGUGGGCCUGCUGCGUCGAGGAAUAAACCUCUAUAUAUGGGCUACCAACCGAGCUACCAGGGCACCCAACAUUUCAACAGUUUAACAGUAACUAGAAACAUUUAAUGAUAUGUAGUCUCGCAUCGCCUGAUCUUCCUCCACAGCGCUGCGGAGGAAGGUCUGGCUCGUUCACACAGCAUUCCGGGAUGGGAGAAAAACGUGCUC